CAGACAGGUAGAGUGUUAAUAUAAUAUAAUAAUGCCAUUUUCCAGUCCUGAGGAAGAUGGCGAGGCGUUUGCGGAGGUUGACCCGUCGGGGCGGUUUGGGCGGUACGACGAGCUCCUGGGGCACGGGUCGGUGAAGAAGGUGCACAGAGCGUUCGAUUUGGAGGAAGGGCGAGACGUGGCGUGGAACCAGAUUAAGCUGAGCAAGUUCAUGGACAAUCCGUGUAUCAUUAGCAAGAUCCACUCGGAGAUUGAGCUGCUAGAGAGGUUGAAGAACGAGAACAUCAUCGUCAUGUAUCAUUUCUGGAAGGACGAGGAGCACAACAUCCUGAAUUUCAUAACGGAGGCCUGCGCCUCCGGGAACCUGAGGGAUUACCGGAAGAAGCACCGGCAUGUCUCCGUCAAGGCGAUGAAGAAGUGGUCCAGACAGAUACUUCAAGGCUUGGAUUAUCUCCACACCCAUGAUCCCUGCGUCAUCCACAGAGACCUCAACUGCAGCAACAUUUUCAUCAAUGGCAACAUUGGAAAGGUGAAGAUUGGGGAUUUAGGCAUGGCAGCCAUUGUUGCAAAGAACCACGCGGCGCAUACACUACUAGGGACUCCGGAGUACAUGGCACCAGAGCUUUAUGAAGAGAACUAUACAGAGCUGGUGGAUAUUUACUCAUUUGGGAUGUGUUUGCUGGAAAUGGCAACCUUGGAGAUACCCUAUAGUGAGUGUGACAGUAUAGCCAAAAUAUACAAGAAGGUCACUGCCGGCGUCAAGCCUCGAGCCCUGAACAAGGUGAAGGAUCCAGAAUUGAAAGAUUUCAUUGAGAAGUGCAUUGGCCAACCAAGAGUCAGGCCAUCUGCAUCAGACUUGCUCAACGACCCCUUCUUUCAAGAUAUUGUCAUGUGUGAUUGAUACGAUACUUUCUAAGAAACUGUCAAGUGUUACUUAAAAUAAAAUGAUUUUCUCACUUAUUUGAUUGAUUGUUUGGAAAAAAAAAAUCAUUUUUUAAGUUUGUUUGAUUACCUGUAAGUAAUCUUAUAUAUAUAGUUGUAUAUUUGAUAGCCCUUAUCUAAUGGAAGAUAUCCUUUCAAACUA